CGUGACUCGUCCCUUUGCUCGGUAGGUCACCAUGUUGAGCGUAAUAUCAAGGGUUGCGGCUGGUGUUUUGCGGGGGGCUAAACCCUCCUUAACACCACAAAAGUUGCAGAAUGAAAGCGCAAAAAUCGUGUCAGCCCUCUCCGUUAACAGUAGCGUGUAUUAUGCGACUGCACCGCAGGCAAAGACAAAGGGAGCAUCUGGGAAAGUAGUAGCUGUGAUUGGUGCUGUUGUUGACGUACAGUUUGAAGAUAAUCUACCACCAAUUUUAAAUGCUUUAGAAGUUCAGAACAGGAAACCUCGCCUUGUGCUGGAGGUUGCACAACACUUGGGAGAAAACACAGUCCGAACAAUUGCCAUGGAUGGUACUGAAGGUCUGGUGCGAGGUCAGGAAGUUCUGGAUUCAGGAUUUCCUAUUAGAAUACCUGUAGGAGCAGAAACAUUAGGAAGGAUCAUCAAUGUAAUUGGGGAACCAAUUGAUGAAAGGGGUCCAAUUAACACCACAAAGUUUGCAGCCAUUCAUGCAGAUGCACCAGAGUUUGUAGACAUGAGUGUGGAGCAAGAGAUCCUGGUGACUGGAAUUAAAGUAGUGGAUCUUCUUGCUCCCUAUGCAAAGGGUGGAAAAAUUGGGCUGUUUGGAGGUGCUGGUGUUGGCAAAACUGUGUUGAUCAUGGAACUGAUUAACAAUGUAGCCAAGGCUCAUGGUGGUUACUCAGUAUUUGCUGGAGUUGGUGAGAGGACGCGUGAAGGAAAUGAUUUGUACCAUGAAAUGAUCGAGUCUGGUGUCAUUUCUCUCAAGGACAAGACCUCCAAGGUGGCGCUGGUGUAUGGCCAGAUGAAUGAGCCCCCUGGUGCUAGGGCUCGAGUGGCUCUGACAGGCCUCACUGUUGCCGAAUAUUUCCGAGACCAAGAAGGACAGGAUGUGUUACUGUUCAUUGACAACAUUUUCAGAUUCACCCAAGCUGGUUCAGAGGUGUCAGCCUUGCUGGGCCGCAUCCCUUCUGCUGUGGGUUACCAGCCAACUUUGGCAACUGACAUGGGUACCAUGCAGGAAAGAAUCACCACCACAAAGAAGGGAUCAAUCACAUCAGUACAGGCCAUCUAUGUGCCAGCUGAUGACUUAACUGAUCCAGCUCCUGCUACCACCUUUGCUCACUUGGAUGCUACAACUGUGUUGUCGCGAGCUAUUGCGGAGCUAGGUAUCUAUCCUGCUGUGGAUCCACUUGACUCAACAUCCCGUAUUAUGGACCCCAACAUCAUUGGUGCUGAGCACUACAAUGUUGCACGAGGUGUACAGAAAAUCCUACAGGACUACAAGUCUCUUCAGGAUAUUAUUGCUAUCCUGGGUAUGGAUGAAUUGUCUGAGGAAGAUAAGCUAACUGUAGCACGAGCUCGUAAAAUCCAGAGGUUCCUGUCACAACCUUUCCAGGUGGCUGAAGUGUUUACUGGUCAUGCGGGCAAACUGGUUCCGUUGGAAGAAACCAUUAAGGGAUUCCAGCAGAUUCUACAAGGUGAGUAUGAUCACUUACCAGAAGUUGCAUUCUACAUGGUUGGACCUAUUGAGGAGGUGGUUCAGAAGGCAGAGAAACUUGCAGAAUCAACAAAUUGAAGUGUUCUGAAGAAGUAUCUGUGCCUGUAAUAAGAAUCCUUGUGUACAUCUCUUUGUUAUUAUAGUAAGAACAUUACCGGUCCUAAGUAGUGUAUGACUACAAACUUGUGAUUCAGGGCUGCUUGGUUAAGUUAUACAAUCUUCAUGAUAGCUUAAGAAUUAUAAAGGAUACAUUUUCUUUGUAAUAUAUACAUCUGAACUUCACUAAACAGUUGUACCUUGGUAUAUGUGUAGUGAAAAGAUUGUCACGCAUUUCUCAUUCUUUCUGUUAUGUGUGGAAAAGUCAUGCCACAAAUAAAUUGUUAAAAAUGA